GUCUACUGGUGCAAUGAAGACGUCCAACUGACCGUAACAAGGCUGCCCCGAAUUGACUCAGAAACCGAGCAAUUCUUAAGCUGUGCGGACGUGGUAGGAUCUGUUGGUAUCCGCUGGCUGGAUGACAACGGCUGGUUUCCAACAGCCAUGCUCCUGGAGUCUGAUGUGUUGUCCUUCGUGCAGCUGUGACAUCGGCUUCGCUGACCUGUCGUAGUACCUUUUCUGCUGCAGCUGACGUUGGACUCUCCUGGCAUGCGUGUCUCUGUGACUGACGACCUUGGGCUGAAGCUGCUGGUGUGUGUUGGGUAGAAUUGAGUGUAGACGACGACUCAUGAGCAGCUGGGCUGGUGAUCUGAAGCUGUCGACAGGUGUGUUCCGAUACUCAAGCAGACUCAGGGUGUGGGAUGCAGCGCAGCUGGAGCAACUAAACGAGCGUGGCUUCUCUCGGGAAAAGUAGGCGAAUUUGCAGCUGGCGAGUAACAAAUGACCCCACCUUCUUCUCUGCAAGACAAAGGUCCAUCCGCUGAAUCAACCAAAUAUUAAACAGUGGGCAGUGCCAGCCCUGCCCCAGCGGGCGUGGCCAGCGAUGGAUAGCCGAUGCAGCAGCAGUGCCGAUUCGCGGCGGGGUCCAUGGGCAGGGUCAGUCGUCACCACACCGAUCUCAGCCCGAGUGGAGUUGUAUGAGGCCGGGGAGAAAAAGUGCAUCUCUGAUGUGCGGAGGACCUUCUGCCUUUUCGUCACCUUUGACCUCUUGUUCAUCUCCUUGCUCUGGAUCAUAGAGCUCAACGUGAAAGGAGUCAUUACGGAACAACUCAUUAAUGAGGUCCUGGAGUACGACUACCACGCCUCCUUCUUCGACAUAUUUCUCUUAGCUGUGUUCAGGUUUGCAGCCCUCAUCCUGGCCUAUGCAGUAUGUAAGCUGCGCCACUGGUGGGCCAUAGCUAUCACCACUGCAGUAAGCAGUGCUUUCCUUAUCGUAAAAGUCAUUUUAUCAAACCUGCUGACUCAGGGUGCGUUUGGUUACCUGCUCCCCAUCAUCUCCUUCGUCCUUGCCUGGAUAGAGACGUGGCUGUUAGACUUCAAGGUUCUGCCCCAGGAGGCAGAAGAUGAAACUCGAUACUUGUCCAUUGUGGACACCACAGAAAGAGCCCCACUCAUCCAUCCUGGUCCUAUGUCAGAUGGGCAGUUCUACUCUCCACCCGAGUCAGUUGCAGAUUCUGAUGAGGAUCUUGAUGAUAAACAUGAUAGAGAAAAAGGGCUCAUUUAACAGUUGUUUUUCCUUUCAAGAAUCUUCAGUGAUGGAGGUUGACCUUGAACUUGGACCUCUUUUCAAGUGAACUUUGAAUGGCAACGUUCAACCUUACUUGAGUCCUGCAGCCGAGACGGUGCGUUACUGAAGGGAAUCUCUGCCUUAUUCUGUCAUAUGAUCCUCUGUUAUCCAGCUGACAUCUUUGUUCAUGAACUGGCAUGUUCCUGCAAUUAUUUGCAUAUUGCUAAUGCAUACUCAUACCAGGACCUAAACCGGUAUCUCAGAACACUGAUAAUAUCAAGUGUUUACUGACUUUUCUGAAUAUAUCGGGAAAUAUGUCAGCGGUUACACCCCCAGUAAGAUUCUCCCAUUGACUGAUGUCUUAAAUGGAGAGAGAAAAUGUUAAUUCUGGAGAAGUGGUGUACAUGCGGGCUAUAACAAUCAGUUCUGUUGUAUAACAACACCAUAUAACUAAAUCAGUUGACAUAUACACCAGAUAAGGGUGAAUGUUUUUUUUUUUUCGUCAGGUACUGACUGACCUGACAGUGGACUUUAAAAUCCUCUUUCAAUCUCUUCUACUGCAUCCUCAUGCAUGUAUUCGAGUGUUAAUACAGCAAGUUUUUACAGAUGCUGCACUGCCAUUAGUUUUUUUGUCAUGGUGUCAAAUGUAUUUUAACCCGUCUGCUGACAUUUUCAAAUAUUCUGUUUACAUUUCUUCUAAAGAUUUGUUUCUCACUUUCAUUAUGCUUUUUGACUGAAGUAAAGCUGGCGAGGAUGAGAAAUUAGUUCAGUUUUUGUUCUGUGUCAAAGGAAGCUAAAAAGGAAGGACUGUGGCCAGUAUUAUUAAAACAUGCGACACGUGGCGGUGAUAGACACUUCUUGUGUACUGUGUUUUUAUGAUGGCACUUGAAAUGAGUGACUCAAAUUAAUCAAACUACACUCAGGGUUCCUAUGCUGGUCCACGGGUACUUUGUGAUGAAAAUGAUUCAGACAACUUCUGGGUUGCACAAAAGAUGAAAAGAAAAAUCUGCUCACACUGCAAACUGCUUUCAUCUGAAAGAUAGUCUAAUAAUAUAUGAAAUAAUUAUUCUUUAGUCAAAGACGUAACACAAAUGAGCCAGAGGUAUCGCAAUUUAAAAAUAAUGCCAAGAAAUGUCUCGAGUUUAAAUGGAAUUAAUGCAUAGGAGCCCUGUACACUAUUACAUGUAGACUGCUUUAAAAUGCCGCUUAACGGAAAUGUUUGGACCUUAAAAUUAGUUUAAAAAAAAACACGUUAUGUACAGAAUCUUAAAUGCAUGCCUUGCCAGCCCAAUGAUUUGUGUUUUUAUGAUAAGCUUGUCUAUAUAAUUGAAACAUUAAAAUGUGA